AUGGAAGGCACUCCCUCAAAUAAAAUAAUGGCAAAAUCAAUAGCUGAUCCAAAGGUUUCAACACCAGAUUUUGGCGGAGACAGGGUUGAGGUAUCACGAGAGGAACAGAAUGUCCCAAGCUAUAAUUACCCUCUACAUCAGGCCGUAGAGUCGAUAGGACGACAAGCAAAGUUAAGUUUGUCUCUUGUGGCGGAGCAGUCUGGAGAGUUGUCCAAUACACGAUCGGGAAAAUCCAAACUCAAUCUUUUAAAUCCCAUGUCGCUUCUAACCCGGCGAAAAAUCCACCCCUCGACGGCACAAGUCUCACAGAAUACUACAAAAAAUUUCACGAGACUAAAGGGUGUAGACCAAUUUUUUGAACUACAUCCAGAAGAAUUACUCGUACACGAUUUUAACACUAUACAGAACUCUAAUAGAUUCACUGGUCGUCGAUCCCCAGAGCGCCCUCAAAGUCCAAAGCCUAGCUCUCAAUACAAUCACAAUCGUUAUAAAGACCCUCCUAGUAGUAAAUCUUCAAAAGAUUUUUGGGAUGCAAUCGAAUGUACUUCACAGACCUUUGAAAGCCAGUUCUCUGCACAUGACUAUAUUUUGCCUGAAACCAGUGCCUCAAUGAAUAAUACGCUCGUCAGCCCUCAAUACUGCUUAGAAGCAGGAAGAGAAAGCAGUUUAUUAUCAGAGCCAUCCAGAGGUGAACAAGAAAAUCCCAAUUCUUACACGAUCAUGGGUGAUCCGAAAACUAAAAAGUACUCCAAUUACGAUUUUAUCCAGAAAAACUGUGGCAAUAUUCCUACCUACUCACUAAAUAUAUCAGAUAAUGUAGUAUCGGCGUCAGCUCAAGAAAUUACUCGGAAACAAGAAGAAACUAACGUACCCUUUGAAAUUUCUCGCAUUCCAAAAAAGAUGAACAGUGUUUCGUCUGUUCUCGGCCUUAACAUUGGAGUAGUAUCCAUCGAAGAUGAAAAGCUCGCAGAUAGGCAAGAUAUUGAUCCCAAAAAAAGUGGCGACACCGAACCCGACGAGCCGCCAGAAGGUGAACAGACAGAUAACUACAGACAAGAAUCUUUACUUGAAUCCACAUCCAGUUGUGAUGGAAUGCUACAACAACCUAAUAACAACAUCAAUCUAGAAAAUACAUCUGUAGCAGAUAAAGUAUUGUUAGAAAAUUUUCAAAAGAUGGAAAUUCGAUGUAAGAAUAAUUCUAGUUCUGAAUCUGUAAUGAUCGCAGUAGAUAACCGUAAACCUCAUUAUGAAUCAAAAUAUAUACAGGACUCAUCCAGUACACUAUAUGACUGCACAAACCUGGCAAACUUCGAAGAAGCUGAAACUUUAACGUCAUACAAUCCAGAGGAAGCAGGAAAUGAUUUACAUGUUAAUGACUUCGAAUCAAGACAACAAUCCGUAGGAUCACAGAAGACAAAAAACGGGGUAUAUUUGGCAACAUUUGAUGAAAGUUUUUACUAUGACGAUGGAUUAAUAGAGAUCCCCGAGAACCUUCCUGAUGAAACAGAUUUCGAUGAAUCAGUAUUUGACAAAAAAGAUACCGACGAUUAUGGAAGACCUCUUGUAUCACUAAGUUCACCAAUAUCAUUUCCAACGCCUAGAACUGAUUUAGCCGUUAAAACUCACACUACAAAUGAAGCAUCAGAAAGCUGCUCCAAUUUUCACUCCACAUCCUCGGCUUCCCUAGAUCUAGGCCGACAAUCCGCUGAAAAAGUAUCAAACCUAAUACUAAACAAGAAAGCUGCUGGAAAAUUAAGUCAUCUCACGCAAGACUCGUUAGCAGCCCACCAGUCGGCCCUCGAGAACGCUGCACAUACCGAAGCAAUUGAUGGUGGACUCUGCCACGACAGUGAAAACCAGAGAGAGAAGUCAGAGAUAGAAAAUGCGUAUCCAAGUUCGUUCAGCAACUAUUUUCAGACCCUUCCAGAUAAUUCUUUUUCAUCGAGAUUCGAACUAGGAGAUAGCUUUAAUGAAGAUUAUUGCAUGCGCGAUGUAGAUUAUGAGUUUGAUGAUGACCUAAAUGAUGAUUCGAUAAUUGCAGCAGCUAACGCCGAAGCCCUUGCGAAUGACUGUGAUGGGUUUUAUGGCCGAGAAUUUGGAUUCUAUUCUGCACCAGAAACACCAGAGAAAGAUACUCUAAAUCGACAUGGGGGCUAUUUCGGAAAUGGCAGCUCUCAAAGCAUAGAUAAAAAAGGACAUAAUGGGCGCGUUGCAACUCACGAACCAAAUCUUACUCCUAUAACUGAACGCAGCGAGUACUCAAACCGUAAUUCCUACAUGUCACAGAAUAUUCAUAGUCCUAGCUCGACUAGGGAGAAAUUUGGACCUGGACUAUCGCAAUUUGUGGCAAGAAAAGAUGAGUUAGAUACUGACAUGAACUUCGAAUCUCUAGUAAAAUUACGGAGAGGAACAUGGGGUGGCAGCCAAACAAGCUUGCAUAGUAGUAACGGUAGUGCCGGCGGCAAUGAUGAAAAUGGUAUAGGCAGUCAACUGAACUUUCGGAGCUACGCCAAUGGACGAGAAAGCCACAAUGAUUUCCAACAAAUAAAUAGUAAUGCCGUUCUCUUCCGCUCAGAAGACUUGAGAGAAAGAGACGAGAGAGAUAUAUAA